CUGGAAUGCCUCAAGCUGAUUGCCUCCAACCGAUUUACAGACAAGCGCAUUGGCUACCUGGGCGCCAUGCUACUCCUGGAUGAACGCUCCGAUGUGCACCUCUUGGUCACCAAUUCUCUGAAAAAUGAUCUGAACCACUCCACAGUCUAUGUCACCAGUCUGGCCCUCUGCACGCUAGGUUCCAUCUGCUCAAUGGAGAUGAGCCGGGACUUGGCCGGGGAAGUUGAGCGUCUGAUCAAGUCUUCUAAUCCCUACAUCAAGAAAAAGGCAACUUUGUGCGCCUAUCGCAUUAUCCGAAAAGUGCCCGAACUCAUGGAAAUGUUUAUUCCAUGUACACGAUCCCUCCUCAACGAGAAGAACAACGGUGUCCUUCUCACCGCCGUUUGUCUUGUCACGGAG